UCCCACUGAUGCUUUUUUUGCACGGAGAGGAAAAGCAGUAGUUGUGAGCACGCUCUGCUGUGGCUCCACCACACCAUGAAGGCGGUUGUUACCUUCCUGCUCCUGCUUUUUGUAGUAACUCAAGCCGAACAUCGAGGUAAACCAUAUGUUCGGGACAAAGUCUGCCAAGAGUUCAAGACCAUGGGGAAAGAUGACUUCCGAACCAUGACCCUCAUCAUGAACAGCAGGAAAUUCUCCAAUGCCACCUUCAAGGAGAUCAGCCACCUCGUGCAUGAGAUUGUCUCACUGGCGGAGACCUGCUGUGCCGAUGGUGUUGACCCAUCCUGCUAUGAUGCUGGGUGUCUUCCCUUCCCACAGUCUUCAGCCCUGUCAGCCAAGUCCUGCAGCCCUGACUCGCCUUUCCCUGCCCAUCCGGGGACAGCCGCCUGCUGUCUCCACCAAGGCCUGGAGCAGAAGCUGUGCCUGGCUGCCCUAGAGCACCCACCGCGCCAGCUGCCCCACUAUGUUGAGCUUUCCAAUGAGGAAAUCUGCCAGGCGUUCAAGAAGGAUCCAAAGGAUUUUGCUGACAGGUUCCUGCAUGAGUACGUCAGUAGCUACGGCCAGGCGCCAUUGCCUGUGCUCUUGGGCUCCACCAAGAACUUCCUUUCCAUGGUCUCCACUUGCUGCAUAUCACCAUCGCCCACUGUCUGCUUCUUGAAGGAGAAACUACAAAGAAAAACUCUUUCCCUACUCACUUUGAUGUCAAACAGAGCUUGCUCCCGCUUAAGAGGAUAUGGGAAGGACAAAAUGAAGUUCAGCUACCUGACCAUGCUUGCCCAAAAGAUACCAAGUGCUUCAUUUGAGGACCUUUCCCCUCUGGCAGAGGAUGCAGCUGAAGUGUUCUCCCAGUGCUGUGACUCAGUGGCUGAAAAUUGCAUUCAGCAGAAGUUGUCGGAGCACACCACAAAGAUCUGCACCACACUGUCAGCCAAAGACAAAAGGUUUUCUGACUGCUGUGCAGGAAAAAACAUCAUACAAAACUACUUCUGCAUCUCUGCCUUGCAACCAGCUGUGGCCCCCAAACUGCCUGAGCUGCAGAAGCCAACCAAUAAGCAAUUGUGUGAUGAUAAUGGGGCCCUCCACAUCGGAAGGUACUUGUUUGAAUUGGCACGGAGGUACACCAAUGUCCCUGACGUCUUCCUUGGUAAGCUGUAUGAUGCCUCUGAAAAUGUCAUCAGGGAGUGCUGCUCUGCUAAGGAUGCUUCAACCUGCCUUGACAGCAAGCGACAGCAAAUGGGAGCAGAGCUGCCUGCCUUCCUCGAAAGGGCCAACCAGUUCUGUGGACAGUACAAUGAGCUGAAUUUCCUUGACUUCAAGAAGAGGCUGAGGGACAGCAUCAGGCAGACCAGGCCAGAUGCUAGCCCUGAGCUGCUGACACAGCUGACAGACCAGAGAGCUGAUUUUGCCUCUACAUGCUGCCCAGCGAACUCACCGCCACUCUAUUGUGUUGCGCAGGUGACCGCAGAGCUGGCAAGUACUUGCAAGCAGGGCUCCUGCAUGCUGGUCUAGGUGUGAGACAGUGAAAAACAAGGUGAGGGGUCCAGCUGGAGGAUGCAAAAUGCUGCUGUUGUCUGGACCAGCUUGCAGCCCCCUUACUCAUACGUUGCUGCAGCCACAAUAAACAUAUUAUAAAAAACA